UCGCUUCAAACCAUCCACACCCAUCGAAAGACUCACUACUACUACAUUUCAUCAUCAUUUUUAUUACAUUUAAAAUAAAAUUGUUUAAAAAAAAAAAAGUCAUUUCCUCGCCACACCUUGUUUCGUGAAGCACAGUGCAUCAAGAUCUCUCUCUCUCUCAAAAACAUUCUCUCUCUCUCUGAAACCGAAGAUGAGCAAGGGACCGGGUCUCUAUUCCGAUAUCGGCAAGAAAGCCAGAGAUCUUUUGACAAAGGAUUACAGCUCCGAUCAGAAACUCACCGUUUCCUCUUACAGCACCACCGGAGUGGCCCUCACUUCAACUGCUGUGAAGAAAGGAGGACUCUCAACUGGAGAUGUGGCAGCACUGUACAAGUAUAAGAACACCCUUAUUGAUGUCAAACUUGACACAGCAUCAAUUAUCUCCACGACCCUCACAUUCACUGACCUUUUUCCAUCCACAAAGACUAUAGCUUCAUUUAAGCUGCCUGAUUAUAGUUCUGGCAAGUUAGAGGUUCAAUACUUCCACGACCAUGCUACCAUAACAUCAGUCGCUACACUGAAGCAAACCCCUACCAUUGAUGUUUCUGCCACUGUUGGUACCCCAAACAUUGCAAUUGGUGGUGAUGCGGGCUAUGAUACUACAUCUGGUCGUUUUACUAAAUACAAUGUUGGGCUUAGUUUCACGAGACCAGAUUCAUCCGCUUCAAUAAUAUUUGGCGACAAGGGUGACAGCAUUAAUGCAUCAUACUUCCACCAUUUAGACCAAUUCAAGAAGAGUGUUGCUGUUGCGGAGAUAACCAGAAGGUUCUCAACAAAUCAGAACACUAUUACUGUUGGAGGGUCUUUUGCUAUUGAUCCUCUUACACAGGUCAAAGCAAGGCUCAACAACCGUGGAAUGCUUGGGGCCCUCCUACAGCACGAGAUCUUUCCAAAGUCAGUGCUGACUAUUUCUGGGGAGGUUGAUACGAAGGCCCUGGAUAAAAAAUCUAAGUUUGGGUUGGCAAUUGCUCUCAAACCUUGAAGUUUUCCUUUUAACUUUAAAACGUGAGAUUGGAAAUCUAAACUCCAAUUCAAUAUUUUUUUGGGCGGCCCUCGAAAGGAGGGCAGAAUAAUAAGUUCCACAGAUGAGCGUUUCUAAGUUCUUUCUGAAUGGACGAAUCAUUUCAAUAACUCGGAAUCCACCUAUGGCUUCUGUUUUCCCAUUUUUUGUUAAAUUUUAUGCUUUCAUAUUAUGAAUUCAUUCUAACUUUGUAGUAGACAUUCUGAUCUAUCUAAGGAAGUCUUGUUCUCUGGGAGGACUCUUAUCAGUAGUGUUUUUGCUUAAAGAUUGAAUUUCCAUA